AUGGACAACGAAAGUGAUAUAUUACAUUGCAAAAUAGAAAAAUUGGAGAUUUAUAUAGAUGAACUAGAAACAAGCUUAUAUGAACAUGAAGAUACAAUUGCUAAAUUAGAUGAUAAGAUGUUGGUGGCCAUUGAAGCGCUGGAUUUAAUGAAACUGCAACAGACAGAUAUGUGCAACGAGUUGGUUAACAAAAAUGAAGAACUAAUUAAUAAUUAUGAAACGAUACACACGCGUUGGUUGUAUAACCAAGAAGAAAACGAAUGUUUACGGGCUAACAAUGAGCAGAUACAUACUCUGUUGGAAGAACAGAAGAUAAAGAUAGAUGACUUAGAAAAUGUAAAAUCGACUCAAUUAAAAGAAAUUAAAAAACUACAAAAGCAACUGUCAUCUGUCAUGAAAAAGUUUCAGGAUAACCAACGACUACUAAAAUCAGAACUUAAAGUUAAAGAUCAAGAAAUAAUUUGUAUACAAAAGACUUUAGCGGAUAAAAUUACACAAUAUGCCGAUCUAGAGAAAAAAAUGAGUACCGAACAAGACCGUAAUGAGUCUUUGCAGUCGUCGAUUGGUGAAUUAAAAAUUAAGUACGAUAAAGACGUAUGUGCAUUGCAGGCAGAGAUUACUGGACUACGGGAUGAAUUAAAACAAACUUUCACUAAAUUGGAGAAGGUUGAACAUCAAUUACAAGAAGCACGAAAUGAAACAAUUUAUCGAACGACCGAGUUCAAGGAAAAAAUUCAAGAAACAAGUGAUGCUCUAUGUAAAGAGAAAAAUAAAUUGGAAAAAAAAUACAGUAAGCUUAAGGCUGAGAACAUGUCGUUGGUCUCAAACGUGGCGUGUGUUAAUACAAAACUAUGUAAUUCACAAAUGGAAAACAAUACUCUCAAAUGUCAGCUCAUGGAGCAAAAGAAAUCGAUUAAACUCUUGGAAGCAACGAAAUAUAGGCUACAACAUGAAAUGGAAAGAAUCAAGAAGAACGAAGAGUUGACAGCAAAAAUUGUCAUGACAGAACGUGAACAGCAUGAUCGAGAGCAAAAAAUUUCUGAAAAGAAAUUAGAAUUGAAAUCUCAAGAAGAACGUGAACUCAAGGAGUUGAGUAAAAAGCUAUCGGAACGAAUUAUAUGUUUGAAAAAAAUUAAUUAUGAUUGCGAUAUGCCCGAAAAAUCAAAAUGUUGA